CAUAAAUUCUUAUCUCCCAUCCUCACUCAACCAUAUAUUCAUUCUUUUUUAUUUAUUUUUUCUCUCUUGAAAUUUUUAUACAUUUUUUCCUCUCAUUUCCAUUGCAUAUCUCUCACUUUGCUCUUCCACAAGACAGAGUUUUGUGAUCAUCAUCAUCAUCAUCAUCAUAAUCAUCUCUUAUUGCUUCUCUCCUCUCUCUCUCUCUCUCUCUCUCUCUAUUUUCAGGAGAGCUAAGAUGGCAGAUUGCAACCGAGGUGAUAAUUAUUUCUCAUCCCAAAAUCACCAGGAUGAGUCAGUGCAGGGGAAGAAAUAUGGAGGACUUGUACCAAAGAAGAAGCCUUUGAUUUCAAAGGAUCACGAACGUGCAUUCUUUGAUUCUGCAGACUGGGCAUUAUGCAAGCAGCAAGGGGCAGGUGUGAAUCAAAAAUCCACAGCCGCUGUAGAAACCUUACGGCCAAAACUUAAGAGAACACCUCAUCAACAGCUCCCUCCAAGAAGGCCUGCUUGUGUCUCUGGUGGGGAAACCCUGGAGGACUAGAUUUUCUCUUGGGUGUGUUAAUAAAAAGGAGUUUAUAUAUUUGUUGAUGAUAAAAUUAGCUUGAUAAUAAUGUGCUUUUUAAGUUUCAAAUAUAGUUCAAUCAUAAUAAUAAAGCAAUUUGCUUUGCACAACAAGAGAUGUUCAGCCAUUUUGAAAGUUGAUGUGUAUUUAUGUUUGCUUGAUUAAUUUGUUUUAAUUAAGCUCUUCAUCA